AUGGCGUUCUUGUGCUUCCUGUUCAUUAAACUGAUGUUGUUAGUGUUUAUUUUGCUGUGUUUGCACUACGAAACUUCAUGUCACAUGUCUGCAACAUAUCAACUAGAGGAGUGUGAUGAUAAUAAUGUGCCCAUGGUGAUAAUGUCAGUUACAAAAUGUGAUAAUUCUGAUAAGUUGAGUGACCUACCUGCCUACAAACCCUGCCACUGCCUCACCACCUUCGGCCGGACGCACCAUCAAACACCCUGGUUCAACUCGCCCCACCAAGUUCCACUAAGAAACCCUUCCAUACUUGGCUACCACAUUUUUUCCGAUCUUGCUGUUGAUGGGGAUAAUUCUACUGGCUCCAUCGUUAUCUACUUUAAGCCCCUGGCGUUGAAAGAAUCUCGCGGACCGAUCAAGUCUUAUUUAUGGUCUACUGAGCUGAUGAUGAAUCACCCUUGGCCAUUACAAGGAACAAUCUCAUCAGCUUCCUCCUCCUCAUCACCAUCAUUCUCAUCAUCAGCUUCUUCGUCAUCAUCUUCAUCUUCACCAUCGUCAUCUUCGAAAAACUGGCACAUAAGAAAUGCGGCAACAUGUCACUACAUCAGUAUCGCAAACUCCAGAGACAACAACGGAAGGAACAACUACGCAAUCAUCUGCAGCAACCUCACCAGCCACAACUACAAAAACAUCGUCAACAACUACAACGUCGUCAGCAAGGAGCACAACCAAUCAUCUUCAAGUAUCACGGUGAACGUCACUGAGCCAACAAAAUGCAACCAAUCAUCACGUCCUCAUCAUCAUUUGAUCUACCUCCAUGAUGCUGUCACUAAAGCUGUUUUAACGUCAACGAAGAUACCGUCUGUCUCUUCCUCAUCUUCAACAUCUUCCUCAUCAUCAUCCUCAUCAGCAGCAGCAUCUCGACUGAUAGCAUUCAACAUCACCAACACAUCGUCACAUAUCUUUAGAAUAGUAUCAGUUUCCUACUCACCAUCAUCAUCAUCGUCGUCGUCAUUGUCACUAGAAUCUAGAAGUGAAAUAGCAAUUUUCUUGCAACAGUAUUCAAAACCUCAGUCUUCAUCAUUUUCAUCGCCCUCCUACAAUAUUCUUUUUGGCUCUGUCAUUGUUGGUGUCAUCGUCAUCGUCGUCGUCACAACGAGUGUCUAUUACAAUAGAAGGUAUCAUAUUAUUAAGAACAAUCUAUAUAGCGCUAUUUAAACAUUUUCAAAAGCGCUCACAAUUCUAAAUAAACAAAUUUUUGUACGUGAUAUGAUAUCAGUUUUGUAAUUAUAAAUUUUUGCUUGCAAAUUAAACUUGAGACUAUAUUAUCAUGUAGUCGGUUAUGUUGGCUUUACCGAUUAAUUCAGUUACGUCGGUUAAGUCGAUUAUUCUAGUUGUGUUGGAUAUUUUAUAGUAGAAAUCACUUGCACUCUUCAGAUGAUUGUUGUUACAAUUAUUAUUUUUAAAAUUGUCAAUUAACAUUGUUAUUUUUCCAUUUUGUUCUGGAGUUAUUAUUGAUCGUUUAACUGUUCAUUUUGACGUUGUUCUAACAAUAUAUUGUUCCUGUCACUCAAACCCU